AUGCCUCCUUCGCAGUAUGGUAUGAACAAUUACGGUUCCUCCCAAACAUCCUACUCUUCUGGAUAUCCGUCUACUCAAUCCUAUGCGGAACCAAGAUCUUCGGCACCAGGCCCAUACGGCUCGACUUACUCUUCAAGUCCAGCCCCGAAUGAUCAUCAACCAAGAAGAACCGACCAGCACACUGUUCUACCGCCGUAUCCGCCUCAGCACCCGUCACUUCCGCGGACUACGUACCAGCAACCACCGCCAUCAGAUCCCAUGCGAGCAAACGUAAAUCCUAUGGCUUCCGCUGCGCAUUCGUACACUUACCAACCACCUCAUAAUCACGUCUCUAAUCAGUCAUUGGGAGGCAGCGCCUACCCGCCACCGCAACUUUAUCCACCAAGCUCCUACGCUGUGGGCGAAUACCAUCCAUUACCUACCAUGUAUCCUCCAACAAACACUGCGCCUGCUACAUACGCAACAUAUGAAUCACCACCGAGCGCUCCGCCUUCUAACGCCUCGGUGCCUGCGCUUUCAUCUUCGCCAAGCACCCAAGGGAACCCGGUAAUGCCACGAGUCAUCAACUCACGCCCAAAGCCUCAAUGUUGGGAUCACGGAUGCAAUGGAAGACAGUUUUCCACAUUCAGCAACCUAUUGCGGCACCAACGAGAAAAGUCAGGAAAUGCCGCCAAGAGCAGUUGUCCCCGAUGCGGAGCGGAGUUUACGCGCACGACUGCAAGAAACGGACACAUGGCCCAUGACAAGUGCAAGCCACGUAGAGCAUCAGAAGCCGGCGGAUAG